GUCUGUCCCACAUGCAGACAUUACCUGGGUCAGCAGCAGAUGACGCUCUUUCUUCACACCUCAUUUGUCCUGAGCCGAGUGCGGAAGACUUUGGCCGGAAGUCGCAUAAAAACAUCACAAAAUUAAGAAGAAAACAAAGUUUUGUUGCUGUCGCCUUCAUCUGUGUCUGUUUGAACUGACCCUGCACGACUGAUUCAUAUCACACAGGAGACACUUUCUAUCCUGCGUCCAGUUUUCACCGCCAGAGGUAACUGGUCCACAUCUCAACUGGCCACAAACGGACCUCUGUUCUCUGGAUAGAUUAAGACUGACACAGUGCUCUGGAUGAUAUCCAUAAUCAGACUAAAAAUGUUCAUGUAUGUCUUCGUACCGGUGGCUGUCUGUUUCAUCUAUCGUUGGUACAAGGAACGCAAAAGAGUGCCCAACAAGGGGAAUAAAUACGUCUACAUCACUGGCUGUGACAGUGGAUUUGGUAACGUCCUCGCGAAACACCUGGACCAGCUGGGCUUCUGUGUGAUUGCAAGCUGUUACACAGAGAAUGGUGAAGACGAGCUGAAGAAGAACGCCUCCGGCAGACUGACCACCAUUCACCUGGAUGUCACCGACUCUGAGAGCGUCAGGAAAGCAGCGGCGUUCAUCAAGUCUGUGGUUGGAGAGAAAGGCUUGUGGGCUGUCGUGAACAACGCCGGAGUCUCUGUGCCAUCCGGUCCCACCGACUGGCUCACCAUCGAUGAUUUCAAGUCCAUGAUAUCUGUCAAUCUGUACGGCGUCAUCGACGUAACGCUGAGCGUCCUCCCUCUCAUCAAGAUGACCAAGGGCAGAGUGGUGAACGUCGCCAGUGUGUUUGGGCGAAUCAGCCCGUUCGGCGGACCUUACUGUGUAUCCAAGUACGGAGUGGAGUCCUUCAAUGACAGCCUGCGUUUAAACAUGGCACCGUUUGGAGUGAAGGUCGCGUGCAUUGAGCCAGGCUUCUUCAAAACGAAUGUGACUGAUACGGCGUUGGUAAAAGAUAACAUAAGGAACCUCUGGGACAAGUUGCCUCAGGAUAUAAAGGACGACUAUGGAAAAGGUUUCCUGGCAUCAUCUCUUGACAAGUUGGAUUCGAGGUUCAGGCAGUUGACGGACAGUGACCUGAUGAAGGUGAUCAGCUGUAUGGAGCACGCCGUCUCUGCCGUUCACCCUCGCACUCGCUACUCUCCUGGAUGGGACGCAAAGUUGCUGUGGUUGCCUCUGUCGUACAUGCCAACCUGCAUCACGGAUAGACUUUUUAUUCUAACCAACCCCAGACCAGAAUUAUCUGCACCGUAGUUUCUGUCAGAUGAGUUUGUGGAGAAAAGUUUAAGGUCACACAUGCAUCUUUCAUUUGCACUGCAAUCAAUGUUUGCACAUAAAACUUUAUACUAUUGACAGCAAUCUAUAAAAUGCCUGUAUUGGAAAA